AUGGCGCCGCCGCCGCCGCCCGUGCUGCCCGCGCUGCUGCUCCUGGCUGCGGUCGCCGCCCUACCGGUGCUGGGGCUUCGAGCGGCCGCCUGGGAGCUGCGAGUGCCCGGCGGGGCCCGCGCCUUCGCCCUCGGGCCCGGCUGGACCUAUGCGCUGGACGCGGCGCGCACGCCCCGGGCGCUGCGGGAGUUGCUGGACGUGAGCCGCGACGGGCGGCUGGCGGGGCGGCGGCGCGGGCCGGGCGCGGAGCUCCGGGGCUGCGCGCGCCUGGGGGGACGCCCGCUGCCGCUGCAUGUCCGCCUGGCUGCCCGUAGCGCCCAGACGGCGCUGAGCCUCCGCCUGCGGGCACGCGCGCACGGUCCCGGUUGCAGCGCCCGGCCCCGGCGCGGACGGGCUCCCGGCGCGGAGCUGCGGGCGCGGGCCGUGCUCACGGUGCCUGGCCCCGGCGCGGUGUUCUGCUUCCCGGGCCCCGGCGGCGGCGGGGACACGCUGCACUCGGCGCUCGAGGCCCUGACCACUUUCCCCGCCUGCAGCUGCCCGCCGCGCGCCGGGUCCCGUUGCCCACGCCGCCCUGUCUGCCUGCCGCCUGGUGGCUCGGCCCGCCUGCGCCUGCUCUGUGCCCUGCGGCGCGCGGCCGGCACCAUCCGGGUGGAGCUGGCGCUGGAGGCGGCCUCGGGGACACCCUCCCCAUCGCUGUCGCCGCCAAGCCUGCCUCAGGUCGGGGCGGGGGCGGCGCGGCGGGCCCGGCGGGGCGCUGGCAGCAGCACUACCCCGCAGUUCCAGCUGCCCAGCUACCAAGUGUCGGUGCCCGAGAACGAGCCGGCGGGCACCGCGGUCAUCGAGCUGCGCGCGCACGACCCGGACGAGGGCGAGGCGGGGCGCCUGAGCUACCAGAUGGAGGCGCUGUUCGAUGAGCGCUCCAAUGGCUACUUCCUCAUCGACUCCGACACGGGCUUGGUGAGCACCGCCCGCGCGCUGGACCGCGAGACCAAGGACACGCACGUACUCAAAGUGAGCGCUGUGGACCACGGCUCGCCUCGGCGCUCGGCCGCCACCUACCUCACCGUCACAGUCAGCGACACCAACGACCACAGUCCCGUCUUCGAGCAGUCUGAGUACCGCGAGCGAGUGCGCGAGAACCUGGAGGUGGGCUACGAGGUUCUGACCAUCCGCGCUACCGACGGCGACGCGCCCUCCAAUGCCAAUAUGCGCUACCGGCUGCUGGAGGGCGCGGGUGGUGUCUUCGAGAUCGACGAGCGCUCGGGCGUAGUGCGCACCCGGGCGGUGGUGGACCGGGAGGAAGAGGCCUCCUACCAGCUGCUGGUGGAGGCCAACGACCAGGGCCGCAACCCGGGCCCGCUCAGUGCCACUGCCACCGUGCACAUCGUGGUGGAGGAUGAGAACGACAACUACCCCCAGUUCAGCGAGAAGCGCUAUGUGGUCCAGGUGCCCGAGGACGUGGCGGUCAACACGCCCGUGCUGCGAGUUCAGGCCACAGAUCGGGACCAGGGCCAGAACGCGGCCAUACACUACAGCAUCAUCAGCGGGAACCUGAAGGGGCAGUUCUACCUGCAUUCACUGAGCGGCAGCCUGGAUGUGAUCAACCCGCUGGACUUCGAGGCCAUCCGGGAGUACACGCUGCGCAUCAAGGCCCAGGACGGGGGCCGGCCUCCACUCAUCAACUCCUCGGGGCUGGUCUCGGUGCAGGUGCUGGACGUGAACGACAACGCCCCCAUAUUUGUGAGCAGCCCCUUUCAGGCAGCCGUGCUGGAGAACGUGCCUCUGGGCCACUCGGUUCUGCACAUUCAGGCCGUGGACGCAGACGCGGGUGAGAACGCGCGUCUGCGCUACCGCCUGGUGGACACCGCCUCGGUCUCCAUGGGCAGUGGCGGAGCUGGGCCCCAAGACCCUGCUUUGGCCGCGGACUUCCCUUUCCACAUCCACAACAGCUCGGGCUGGAUCACCGUGUGCGCGGAGCUGGACCGCGAGGAAGUGGAGCACUACAGCUUCGGGGUGGAGGCGGUGGACCACGGUUCGCCGCCCAUGAGCUCCUCCGCCAGCGUGUCCAUCACGGUGCUAGACGUAAAUGACAAUGACCCCAUGUUCACGCAGCCCGUGUACGAGCUGCGUUUGAACGAGGACGCAGCCGUGGGGAGCAGCGUGCUGACCCUGCGGGCCCUCGACCGGGAUGCUAACAGUGUGAUCACCUACCAGCUCACCGGCGGCAACACGCGGAACCGCUUCGCGCUCAGCAGCCAGAGCGGCGGCGGCCUCAUCACGCUGGCGCUGCCGCUGGACUACAAGCAGGAGCGGCAGUACGUGCUGGCGGUAACUGCGUCAGACGGCAUGCGCGCUCACACUGCGCAGGUCUUCAUCAACGUCACCGACGCCAACACCCACCGGCCGGUCUUCCAGAGCUCGCACUACACCGUGAGCGUCAGCGAGGACCGGCCUGUGGGCACCUCCAUCGCCACCAUCAGCGCCACCGACGAGGACACCGGCGAGAACGCCCGCAUCACCUACGUGCUGGAGGAUCCCGUGCCGCAGUUCCGAAUCGACCCCGACACCGGCACCAUCUACACCAUGACGGAGCUGGACUACGAGGACCAGGCCGCCUACACGCUGGCCAUCACAGCUCGGGACAACGGUAUCCCUCAGAAGUCCGACACCACCUCCCUGGAGAUCCUCGUCCUGGACGCCAAUGACAACGCACCGCGGUUCCUGCGGGAUUUUUACCAGGGCUCCGUCUUCGAGGAUGCUCCCCCGUCAACCAGCGUCCUCCAGGUCUCGGCCACGGAUCGGGACUCAGGCCCCAAUGGCCGCCUGCUGUACACCUUCCAGGGUGGGGACGAUGGCGAUGGGGACUUCUACAUUGAGCCCACAUCUGGCGUGAUCCGCACCCAGCGCCGGCUGGACCGGGAGAACGUGGCCGUGUACAAUCUUCGUGCCCUGGCCGUGGACCGGGGUAGCCCGGUGCCCCUUAGCGCCUCCGUGGAAAUCCAGGUGACCGUCUUGGACAUUAAUGACAACCCUCCGGUGUUUGAGAGGGACGAGCUGGAGCUGUUUGUGGAGGAGAACAGCCCGGUGGGGUCCGUGGUGGCGAGGAUUCGAGCUAGUGACCCCGACGAAGGCCCCAACGCCCAGAUCAUGUACCAGAUUGUGGAAGGCAACGUGCCCGAGGUCUUCCAGCUUGACCUGCUGAGUGGGGACCUACGUGCCCUGGUCGAGCUGGACUUUGAGGCCCGGCGCGAGUAUGUGCUCGUGGUGCAGGCCACGUCGGCCCCCCUGGUGAGCCGGGCCACGGUGCACAUCCGCCUUGUGGACCAGAACGACAACCCGCCGGUGCUGCCGGACUUCCAGAUCCUCUUCAACAACUAUGUCACCAAUAAGUCCAAUAGCUUCCCCACCGGUGUGAUCGGCCGCAUCCCGGCCCAUGACCCUGACCUCUCGGACAGCCUCAACUACACCUUCCUGCAGGGCAACGAGCUUCAGCUGCUGCUGCUGGACCCCGCCUCGGGCGAGCUGCAGCUCAGCCACGACCUGAACAACAACCGGCCACUGGAGGCACUCCUGGAGGUGUCUGUUUCUGAUGGCAUCCACAGCGUGGCGGCGCUCUGUACCCUGCGGGUCACCGUCAUCACGGAUGACAUGCUGACCAACAGCAUCACCGUCCGCCUGGAGAACAUGUCGCAGGAGAAGUUCCUGUCCCCACUGCUGUCCCGCUUCGUGGAAGGGGUGGCCACGGUGCUGUCCACCACCAAGGACGCCAUCUUCGUCUUCAACAUCCAGAACGACACGGACGUCAGCUCCAACAUCCUGAAUGUGACCUUCUCGGCCCUGCUCCCCGGAGGCGUCCGGGACAAGUUUUUCCCCUCGGAGGACCUACAGGAGCAGAUCUACCUGAACCGGACGCUGCUGACGGCCGUGUCCACCCAGCGUGUCCUGCCCUUCGACGACAACAUCUGUCUGCGGGAGCCGUGCGAGAACUACAUGAAGUGCGUGUCGGUGCUCAAGUUCGACAGCUCGGCCCCCUUCAUCAGCUCCCCGACCGUGCUCUUCCGGCCCAUCCAUCCCGUCAACGGGCUGCGCUGCCGCUGCCCGCCCGGCUUCACCGGCGACUAUUGCGAGACCGAGAUUGACCUGUGCUACUCCAGCCCCUGCGGUGCCCACGGCCGGUGUCGCAGCCGGGAGGGUGGCUACACCUGCGAGUGUCAGGAGGACUUCACAGGUGAGCACUGCGAGGUGAACGCACGUUCCGGCCGCUGCACCAACGGCGUGUGCAAGAACGGGGGCACCUGCGUGAACCUGCUCAUCGGCGGCUUCCACUGCGUGUGCCCCCCCGGCGCGUUCGAGAGGCCCUACUGCGAAGUGGCCACCAGGAGCUUCCCGCCGCAGUCCUUCGUCACCUUCCGUGGCCUGAGGCAGCGCUUCCACUUCACCGUGGCCCUCGCGUUUGCCACCCAGGAGAGGAAUGCCCUGCUGCUGUAUAAUGGCCGCUUCAACGAGAAGCACGACUUCAUCGCCCUGGAGAUCGUGGAUGAGCAGGUGCAGCUCACCUUCUCGGCAGGUGAGACCACGACGAUGGUGGCGCCGCAGGUUCCUGGGGGCGUGAGUGACGGGCGGUGGCACUCGGUGCAGGUGCAGUAUUACAACAAGCCCAACAUUGGCCGCCUGGGCCUGCCCCACGGGCCGUCUGGAGAGAAGGUGGCCGUGGUGACCGUGGAUGACUGUGACACGGCCGUGGCCGUGCGCUUUGGCAGCUUCGUUGGGAACUACAGCUGUGCCGCUCAGGGCACUCAGAGUGGCUCUAAAAAGUCCCUGGAUCUGACAGGGCCCCUGCUCCUGGGGGGCGUCCCCAACCUGCCCGAAGACUUCCCGGUGCAGAACCGGCAGUUUGUGGGCUGCAUGCGGAACCUGUCCAUCGAUGGCAGGAACGUGGACAUGGCUGGCUUCAUCGCCAACAAUGGCACCAGGGCAGGCUGCGCUGCCCAGAGGAACUUCUGCGAUGGGACCUGGUGUCAGAACGGGGGCACCUGCGUCAGCGGCUGGAACACGUACCUGUGUGAGUGCCCGCUCCGCUUCGGCGGGAAGAACUGCGAGCAAGUCAUGCCCCACCCCCAGCGCUUCAGCGGGGAGAGCAUUGUAUCCUGGAGCGACCUGGACAUCACCAUCUCCGUGCCCUGGUACCUGGGGCUCAUGUUCCGGACCAGGAAGGCGGAUGGCGUGCUGAUGGAGGCCACGGCGGGCGUGUCUUCCAGGCUCCAUCUCCAGAUCCUGAACAACUACGUCCAGUUUGAGGUGUCCCACGGCCCCUCGGAUGUGGUGUCCAUGAGACUGUCCAGGUCACGCGUGGCUGACGGGGAGUGGCACCACCUGUUGAUAGAGCUGAAGAGUGCCAAGGAGGGCAAAGACAUCAAGUACCUGGCGGUCAUGACCUUGGACUACGGUGUGGACCAGGACACGGUGCAGAUCGGGAACCAGCUUCCUGGGUUGAGGAUGAGAAGCCUCAUCGUGGGUGGCGUGUCUGAAGACAAGGUCUCCGUGCGCCGCGGUUUCCGGGGCUGCAUGCAGGGUGUGAGAAUGGGGGAGACGGCUACCAAUAUCGCUACACUGAACAUGAAGGACGCCCUCAAGGUCAGGGUGAAGGAUGGCUGUGACGUGGAGGACCCCUGCUCCUCCAGCCCCUGCCCUCAGCAUAGCCACUGCCACGACACCUGGGACGGCUACUCCUGCAUCUGCGACAGAGGGUACUUUGGAAGGAAGUGUGUGGACGCGUGUCAUGUGAACCCCUGCAAGCACGUGGCAGCCUGCGUGCACAGCCCCGACUCCCCGCGGGGCUACGUGUGUGAGUGUGGGUCCGGCCACUACGGGCAGUACUGCGAGAACAGGAUCGACCUUCCGUGCCCCAGAGGCUGGUGGGGGAACCCUGUGUGCGGGCCUUGCCACUGUGCUGUCAGCAAAGGCUUCGACCCCGACUGCAACAAGACCAACGGGCAGUGCCAGUGCAAGGAGAAUUACUACAGGCCCCCGGGGCAGGACACCUGCCUGCCAUGUGACUGCUUCCCGCACGGCUCCCACAGCCGCGCGUGCGACAUGGACACUGGCCAGUGCAGCUGCAAGCCUGGCGUCAUUGGCCGCCAGUGCAACCGCUGCGACAACCCUUUUGCCGAGGUCACCAUCCUCGGCUGCGAAGUGAUCUACAACGGCUGUCCCAGAGCAUUUGAGGCUGGCAUCUGGUGGCCGCAGACCAAGUUCGGGCAGCCGGCCGCAGUGCCGUGCCCUAAAGGGUCUGUGGGAAAUGCGGUCCGGCACUGCAGCGGGGAGAAGGGCUGGCUGCCCCCAGAGCUCUUCAACUGCACCACCAUCUCCUUCGUGGACCUCAAAGCCAUGAACGAGAAGCUGAGCCGGAACGAGACGCGGAUGGACGGUGACCGGUCCCUGUGGCUGGCCCGGGCGCUGCGCAACGCCACACGGCACACGGACGCACUCUUUGGCAAUGACGUGCGGACAGCCUACCAGCUGCUGGGCCGCGUCCUGCUGCAUGAGAGCAGCCAGCAGGGCUUCGAGCUGGCGGCCACGCGGGACACCGACUUCCACGAGGACGUCGUCCAGGCGGGCAGCGCCCUCCUGGCCCCGGGCACCAGGGCCGCGUGGGAGCAGAUCCAGCGGAGCGAGGGGGGCACCGCACAGCUGCUGAGGCACUUCGAGGCCUAUUUCAGCAACGUGGCCCGAAACCUGCGGAGGACCUACCUGCGGCCCUUCAUCAUCGUCACCCCCAACAUGAUUCUCGCCGUCGACGUCUUCGACAAACUGAACUUCACGGGAGCCUGGGUGCCGCAGUUCGAGCACCUGCGGGGCGAGGUCCCCAAAGACCUGGAGUCCUCGGUCUUCUUCUUGGAGGACUUCUUCAAACCACCCGAGAGGAAAGAGGGCCCCACGGUGAGGCCGGCCGGUCGCAGGGCCGCCCCCCAGACGGCACGCCCGCAGCCCAGCGCCGAGAUGGAGGCCCCAUUCAAGAGGCGGAAGAGACACCCCGAGGAGCCUGGCCAGUUCGCCAUCGCCCUGGUCAUCAUCUACCGGACCCUGGGGCAGCUCCUGCCUGAGCACUAUGACCCAGACCGCCGCAGCCUCAGGCUGCCUAACCGGCCCGUCAUCAACACACCCGUGGUGAGCGCGGUGGUGUACAGCGAGGGGACCCCGCUGCCCAGCCCCCUGGAGAGGCCCGUCCUGGUGGAGUACACCCUCCUGGAGACCGAGGAGCGCACCAAGCCGGUCUGCGUGUUCUGGAAUCACUCCAUCGCCAUCGGUGGGACUGGAGGGUGGUCGGCCAAGGGCUGUGAGCUGCUGUCCCGAAACCGAACCCACGUCACCUGCCAGUGCAGCCACGCGACUAGCUCGGCCGUGCUCAUGGACGUCUCCCGGCGUGAGCACGGAGAGGUCCUGCCCCUGAAGAUCGUCACCUAUGCUGCCGUGUCCUUGUCCCUGGCCGCCCUGCUGGUGGCCUUCGUGCUCCUGGCGCUGGUGCAGACGCUCCGCUCCAACCUGCACGGCAUCCACAAGAACCUCAUCGGGGCGCUUUUCUUCUCCCAGCUGGUCUUCGUGAUCGGGAUCGCCCAGACAGAAAACCCGUUCCUGUGCACGGUGAUUGCCAUCCUCCUGCACUACAUGUACAUGAGCACCUUUGCCUGGACCUUCGUGGAGAGCCUGCACAUCUACCGCAUGCUGACUGAGGUGCGCAACAUCGACGCCGGGCCCAUGAGGUUCUACUACGUCGUGGGCUGGGGCAUCCCAGCCAUUGUCACAGGACUUGCGGUGGGCCUGGACCCCCAGGGCUACGGAAACCCAGACUUCUGCUGGCUGUCCCUUCGUGACACUCUGAUCUGGAGCUUUGCAGGGCCCAUCGGAACCGUGAUAGUCGUCAACACAGUCAUUUUUGUCCUGUCUGCAAAGGUUUCCUGCCAAAGGAAGCGCCAUUAUUAUGAGAGAAAACGGGUCGUUUCCCGCGUGAGGACGGCCUUCUUCCUGCUGGUGCUCAUCAGCGCCACCUGGCUUCUGGGGCUGCUGGCCGUGAACAGCGACGCACUCACCUUCCGCUACCUCUUCGCGGUCUUCGGCUGCUUACAGGGCCUCUCCGUCCUCUUGCUCCACUGCGUGUUCAACAGAGAGGUCCGGAAACACCUGAAGGGCGUGCUCGCCGGGAAGAAGCCGUACCCUGACGACUCAGCCACCACGAGGGCCACCCUGCUGACGCGCUCCCUCAACUGCAACAACACGUGCGGAGAGGAGCCCGACGUGUUCCGUACGGCGCUGGGCGAGUCCACCGCCUCGCUGGACAGCACCCUCAGGGACAAAGGGGGCCAGAAGCUCAGCGUGUCCUCUGGGCCGGCACGGGGCGGCCACGGGGAGCCAGACGCGUCCUUUGUACCCAGGAGCACCAAGAAGCCCCACGGCCACGACUCGGACUCGGACAGCGAGCUGUCCCUGGAUGAGCAGAGCAGCUCUUACGCUUCCUCACGCUCCUCUGACAGUGAGGAUGACGGGGUAGCGGCUGAGGACAGAUGGGACCCGGCCCAGGGCCCCGUGCACAGCACCCCCAAAGUGGACGCUGCGGCCAACCACGUCCCAACCGGCUGGCCCGAUGAGAGCCUGGCCGGGAGCGACAGUGAGGGGCCAGGCGAGCAGCCCCGCCUGAAGGUGGAGACCAAGGUCAGCGUGGAGCUGCACCUGGAUGAGCAGGGCAACCACUGCAGCGAGCGCAUCCCGGCCCGGGAGAGUGGGGGCCCUAGGCCCGCGGCCGCACCGCCCAGCCAGCCCCCCGAGCAGAGAAAAGGCAUCUUGAAAAACAAAGUCACCUACCCGCCACCACUGACGGAGAAGAUGCUGAAGUCACGGCUGCGAGAGAAGCUGACUGAGCGUGAGCAGAGCCCCGCGUCCUCGCGGCCGUCCUCCCUGGCCUCCAGCGACGGCGUCCGCGCCCCCGACGGCACCAUCCCUGCCAAGACGCUGCACCGGGAGCCGGGGCGCGAGCACCUCAACGGGGUAGCCAUGAACGUGCGGGCCGGGAGCGCCCAGGCCCACGGCUCCGGCUCCGAAGGCAGUAACGAAACUUCACUUUGA